GCAGACGCAUACACUAAGUUCUCCCCAACAUCCGGGGAAUAACAAGAUGGAGGAAAAGGAAAGCAAAUUCGAUGCCAGAAAAAAUACACGAUUUGACUGAUAAGACACACCAAGAAGCAUGGAUUGACAACGGCAGUUUUGUCUCUAAGUUACAUAUUCAUCAACAAUGGGCAACUCGAAGUCGACCAAGACCGAUGUGGUGACGCAGGGGAUGCCGCAGAGGGAGCGGGACCUCCAUCUGGCCGUCAUGGGCAACGACCGCAAGAGUGUCAACAGCCUCAUUGCACAAGGCGCUGACAUCAACUACCCCUGGAAUAACCCGACUGUCCCCAGCGUCAAGGACAGUACUACCCCCCUGCUGGCUGCUGUGUCCCUCAACCAUGUGGAAAUUAGUGUGAUGUUGUUGAAGGCAGGUGCUGGAAUCAACCGAACGGACAAGAGAAACUGCACCCCGCUCUACAAGGCUGCUUUCCAUGGCCGACCGGUCUUAGUGGAUAUCCUUGUGCAAGCAGGUGCCGAUAUUAACAAGGCGGACCUGGAGAGUCAGACUCCUCUGUAUAUCUGUGUCCAGAACGCUAUCGUACACUCCAGCUACGCCACGGUGGAACGACUGCUUGCUGCAGGUGCAUCCGUUAACAUGGCUGACAAGUCGGGGAAGAUACCCAUCCAUGUGGCAGCCCACUGGAAGCUGAAGGACAUGAUCCGAAUCCUGCUGAACGCCAACAGCAACAUCAACUCCAUGGACCUGAAGGGUCGCACGCCGCUGUACGUGUGCGUCAGCUCACUCAGCACGGGGCUGUACUUCGAGGACCUGAAGUACCAGGUGCCGUGCAUCAAGGUGCUGUACGCAGCAGGCUGCGACAUGCUCAACCUGGUUGACUGGCUCAAGUGGAAGGGGCCGGGAAUUCCUGCUGAGAUGCUGGCCGACGACGACAACUUCCGCAGCUGGUACAAGUCGAACAUGAACUCGCCCCACACCCUGGUGAACCUCUGUCGAAAGACCAUCCAGCAGCAGGUCUGCUACCAGGAGAACCUGGUCAAGGUCAUUCCAAGGUUGCCCGUUCCUCCCAAGCUGCAGACGUACCUGUCAAGGAAAAUGUUCCAUCUUCCCAAACCUUGACUCUGCAGAUGCAAGCUGUGAUUGCACAUGUCGACAGUUGCAAUCCCUCCCUCGAGGCGUGUGACUGUUGCAGGUCUAUAGAAGGGAGGGAGGUCCAAGGGGUCAGGAGUUCCCUCCCCUUCUAUGGCCUAUCAUCCACUCCUGAGUUACCCGAUAGUGUGUUUUUUAGAAACAAAAGUAUUAUCGAAUUAAGUUUGUUGUUUCAAAUCAUCGACUAAGAAGGGAAGGAUCCAAGGGUCAGGAUCUUUACUCUUCUUUAUUGACCAAAUCAAAAUAAUUUUUGUCAGUUUGACUUUUCUCGAAUUCAUGAUGUAGAAUUUGAAUGAUCCUGGCAUACAUGUUUGACAAGUUUUAUGAAGGACAGUUAUCCAAAGGGGUCGGAUAUCUGUCCUUUUUAGUCAUAUAGCAUGUUGCCAUGGAUACAGAAUAUUAUUUUGAAGACCUCUGUUUCAUACGACUUGACAAAUACCACUGCUAUUGGACAGUGAUCUGUUAGACCGUACAGUAGGUAGAUAAUUAUACGGUAGGGUCAUGAGAGAGAAAGGUUUGAAACAGAGGUCAUAUUGAUUUCAAAUCCCUAACAGCACAAUCAUAAUAAUCUUCUGCAAUCACAGCUUGGUUUGGCCAUGUUGAACUUGGCUACACAAGUUUCAUUGCGGCUGUAUGUUGAGACAUCUCCAUCUCAAAGCUGCAUCAAUGGUAUCUGUAUUUGUAGAACAAGGACAUGGAUGUAUCGCUUGAGGUUAUCUACAUAUACUGCAGGUUUACGCAGUUGAAUGGGCUUCCUUCUCGAGCAGCUGUGUCUGGUUCAGUGAUUUCUCAUUGGAGCACAUUGUAUGGUGAUUCAUGUUGCGUACAGCAGUUUUAUCGCUGCAAGACUGAAGUACCGUGAAGUACUUUGUGUUGGAGAUGACUCAAUACAUUCCACAGUCUUAGUGUCAUAUUGUUUUGUUUUUGCUGAUUUUUGCAGAUGGCUGUCAAAUAAUUGUGAUGCAGUUCCAUUUCAGUAGUGGUUUUCGGGGAGAAAUGAUUGAUGUUAGUUCGUAAAUAUUAGUAAUUUACAAGUCUUGAACAUUUUGAUUUUUGAUAUUCAUUAUGGAGAAGAAGAAAAAGAUUUUGUGUUUUAAUGAGUUACAUGAAAGGUUACAAAUACACAGGUCAGAGGUCAGACUGUAGAUGGCAUUGUGUUCCUGCUGUUAGAUAUUGUCUAAACUGCUGAUUGACAAUGAUGAGAGAUAAACAUUGUUGAUAUCACUUAAGGAUUGUAUUCCAGUUGUUUUGUGUUUAUAGUGCUACUGUUGACAUGGAAUUCUUGAACUUCAUGUAUUAAUAUUUUAUUGUAUACAGUGAAUUUUCUCCUAUAUGUUGGUUAUUUCCUUGUUUGAGAUUUGCAUCAAAACGUUCUGAAGAUUUCAGGUAAUUAUUAUCAGGAGACAGAGUGUUGUCUUCAAUUGGAUCUUCCUGGCAGAGUAUGUUACUUAUACAACCUCUUCCUGGCAGAGUAUGUUACUUAUACAACCUCUUCCUGGCAGAGUAUGUUACUUAUACAACCUCUUCCUGGCAGAGUAUGUUACAUAUACCUCUUCCUGGCAGAGUACGUUACUUGUAUGUUUGUUUGUUGAUGUUUAUGUUCUACUAAUUGCUGGCAAUGGAAUAUUAUGAGAAGAUGGCAAGGAGGAGAUUGUUGUUUUUUUCAACUGAAUAUUCAUUACACAGAAAUGUUUUCAGGCAAUAUGUUUUGAAGAGCUGGGAUAUUUCAUUAGGGGUCUGUGUUAAUCUGAUUUUAUUGCUCUACGCAAACAAAUAAUUAAAAUUCUGUUUCACAAAAAAUUGACAUACUGUGUUCGGUAUGUAGAAUGGUAACGCAAGCUGACCAAUAUUUGGAAUGUAUUUUGUGAUAGUCAUAUAUCAUGGUUAUAGUUCAGGCGUGAUUCAAGGAGUACUGCAAUCAUGUUGACACAUUAUGAAAAGUCCCACCUCGAUUGGAUGAAACUGUUUAGCUACCAAUCUUACUAUAAUAAUCUCUUCCUUGCCAUUUAUCCUACAAAGUUAUGUAAAUAUUAUGUCUUCAAGUUGUGCUUUGAAGUGAAUAUUUGCAGUUAUAAAUUAUACCAUAUGAUAUAUUGUCACCAGUGUGGAUGACGCUGGUGUUGUUUAAGGUCAACGGUCAUAGCAAAUCCAUUCAAGAUGUUUUCGAGUUUGAAACUUUUGUGAAAUGGAGGAAUGAUAUUUGUUUUCGUGAUUGGGUCUGCUAUGUCGUUCACCUUGCAUUGAAGGAUAUGAAAUUACAGCAGGUCUGUCUAUGUUAUACAUUGUUUAUUUUACUCAUUAAGUGGCACUCCAGCACUGGUAAAUAUUUCUGUGGGGAAAGUGUCCACUUCAUUUGUUCACAUUAUCAAAUAUAUUCGUAGAUCAAUCAACAUGGUUUCUGGUACUGCUAACAUCGGUCGAUUCCUUUUGUUAUUUUCAGUAAAAAAUAAUUUAAAAGAAACGUAGUCCUACAAAUUAGUCUGUACCAAAACGUUGCUUAUUCUUUUGAAUUUCAGGUCUCUGAUCCAGAUAGUAAUUCCAUCAUGAAUGUUAACUUGACCUUAUAUGGUCAUGGUACUUGAACAGUGCCGGUUAAUUCGUGUGAAGGCCCUGGGUCAGAUUUAUAAUAUAUUAAACGUUAAAUAUUUGUCAGAAAUUUGGGAAGUACUUUGGAUAGACUUUUUCAUCCAUCUCAUUGUGAACUGCGUGUUCUAUGGAAUCCCACAAUGCACUGGUCAGGGAAAGAAGUAGUCAUAAUUGUGUUUGUUGUUUAAGCCAGAAAGCAUUUGUUUAGUAAGUUAUUCCUUACUAUGGUACCAGCUCCUGUUGAAACUUACAUCCCACCAAGCCAAGCUUUAAUCUAGUCACCAAAUUCAGUUUGAUUUCUUCCAAUACUGUCUCUAAAGUCUAGGAUAUGGUCACUGGAGUUCAUGCAUCAACAGGUUAGACAGUCACUAGUCAGCCGAGACCAGUGAGAUAAGGCAAAGAAUAGUUGGUUCUUAUCAACUAGACCACCACAAAAGAAUAAAAUGAGCUGUGGACAAGGAUUGAACUCCUUGGGUCUUCUUCCCCGGUACUGUUUUUGAUGGAUAUCGGGAUAGAUCGGAUUGUGAAGGACGUCGGUACAUACUUACCAGAGUGGUGUGUCUUGUGGGUUAUCUACAAAAUAAUAGACAGCCAUUGACACUUCUGCUGCAUUGAAGAGCUUUAUAUGGCCUGUUGCAACUCAUUUGAACUGCGUUAAACAACUUCCGUUUCUCGAACAGGGGUGUUGGCAACUGCGUGCACUAGUGUGCAAACAGUCAUCACUGCAGCCAUGGAACUAGCUGCCACUACUGGCUGUUGGAAAGUGCUGAAAGUUUAUGUGGUUCACAAUGGCGUAUAAGUCCAACUCUAGCUGCAAGUUUUCGUGGCGUUAUGUUUCAGGUUUUUGCUGUAGAUUUAUUGUACCUGAAUAUGCCCAACAUGUCUGCUCCUUCAGUUUAACUUGUAUUGUUUGUAACACAAGUUCCGCAUACAUUGACAAAAUAAAAACAUUUCAGAAA